AAGGAGGAUUUACCCAAAGACAUUGAUGAAAUGGCAUUAUUGAUGACCUACUUGGUGGAAAACAAUUUAACAUUAGAUUCUGAUGAUGAUUCACCACAACCGGAUGUUGGUCAAGGGUUUUCGUCAAAUAAUGACUAUGCACAGGUUGACACACAUGGAAAAGAAGAGGGAAUAUUGGAGCUUUUUAAACAGUUGAAAUCAUUCAACUUCAAAUGUGGCAGUGGUGAUGUUAACGAGACUGCUCUCGAUUAUAGCGAUCCUGAAGAACCUAAAAUAGCAAUUGCAUAUAUUGCAAAUUCUGAUCCAAAUUAUAAUUCCAUGGGGAAUUUGCAAUUUUGUGAUGUCUUAAAUGGAGAGCUUGAGGGAGAUGGUAAAAUGCACAUAUGGGACCUUAAAUCAAGGAAGACAACGAUCGGUAUUACGAAAGAAAAAGACGCCAAUGUGAUAUCGAUAUCACCUAAUGACAGAUACAUUGCGCUUGGCGGUAUAUCAAACACAGUUUAUGUGUUUGAUAGAAGGAAUAUGAAAAAAUGCCUUCAUUCGUUGGAACACGAUGAUCCUAAAGAUGGUCUACCUCAUGAUGGUGUCAUGUCUUUGCAAUGGAUUCCGGAUAGUAGUAUUUUGUUGAGUGGCGGAAACGACUCGACUGUUCGCGUAUGGAAUGUUGAUGCAGCUAUUAAGAAUACCCCGUUGCUUUAUAGAUUUGAGAAUCACGAUAGCCCGGUUACCUCUAUCAGGAUUUCUCCCGAUCUACAAUUCAUGUCUGUCGGGGUGUCAACUGGAAAAGUAUAUGUUUACACUACUAAAGAAAUUUAUAUUCAACGCGGAAACUGUCUCAAGUAUUUAUAG